AUGCAUGUGAGGACACCUGUAAGUUGGGUUAAGAGCACCCGUGAAGCUUUGACGCAUAAAGCAUUCGCCUGUGAACUCCAUGCACAGCUGGAUGCACAGAUACUAGUCAAUCCAGAUCUUAGCCAGGGAAAACCACUAGCAAAGUCCGCCCUACGCCCCGUGCGCAACCCUCCUCUAGAACGAGCACUGACAAAUUCAUCAGAGGAGAUUCAGACUCCUGAAUGGAAACCUUAUGCCGGAUCUCAAGCUGUUCCAGAUACAGAGGGUGUGAGGACACCUGGAAGUUCGCUUAAGAACACCUGUGAAGCUUUGGCGCAUGAAGCAUUCACCGAUGAACAGCAUGCGCAGUUGUAUGCACAUAUAUUAAUAACUGCGGAUCUUAAACAGGGAAAACCACCAUCAAAGGCAGCCAUGCUUCUGGCCUUUGGACAACCUGUGGAGGGUCAGAAACAUGCAUGGGAGGAGGUUUGGCGUGCUGCUGUUGACAGAUACCAGAACCAAAUGUCACCACUGGGCUUUGAGACACCUUUUAGUUCCCAGAAUGGCCCGUUAGAACCAUCUCCUAACAGCAUGAGGAAUCUUGAGGAGUUUGAGCUGAAGGAGGCGCAUUCAGAGCUCGAUGAUGCACAGACUAGCAAAUGGCAGAACCAGAAGUCACCAGUGACUGGCUUUGAGACACCCAUCAAGUCUGUGAUAGGUAAUUGCACAGCUCAAGGUUUGGAUGUUCAGAAUGGUGGAGAGAUUCAGCAGUCAGUCAUUUGUGCUGACAAAGUUGAUCAAGAGCCACCUGAUGACAGAAAGAUAAUGGAUACAAUCUAUGGUGGGCUAGAGUCUGUUUGUGGCAGCACUCCCUUGGAAAGUUCAGAAAGCUCGACGGAACAGGACUCAUGUGUGAAAUGCGGUAAAGAUGGGCAGUUGCUGAAAUGUUCCAGCUGCUUCUUAGCCGCCCAUGCUACCUGUUUUGGUUCAUCGGUGACAUUCGAUGACUCUGGCCAUUUUGAUUGCCCUGUUUGCUAUUGCCGUAAAGCCGCUAAAGCAUUGGAAAAGGCUAAGAAAACAUACUCUGAAGCUAGAAAAAAAUUAUCUGUUUUCUGCAGCGGCUGGAAGCAAUUUUCUAAGGAACACAGUGAGCUGAUGAAUGGCUUUCACACAGCUAAAAAGCAAGGUAACCAUCAGUCUGAAGCAGCUGAGCUAUGUCGCAAGGAUGGAGAGCCUAGUCAUCUGAAAGAAAAUGGUACAAGUGAUGCUUGUCCUGAGAAUGCAGUCACCACAAAGACAACCAUUUUUUCGAGUUCUGAGAAUGCAAAAUCCCAUGGAGACAGCAAUAGCAAUUUGUCUCAUGAAGUGCCAUAUUCAGCUCGGGAUAGAUCCAGUUCUGUUGCAAAUCGCAACAUUGGGGUUGGCAAAGAGAAUUGUCUAAUGAAUUCUCCCAAUUGCAAUUUUCCUGAUAGACUAGGAGCUAUAUCUUCGCGAAACAUAAGCCGCCGCAAAGUAAGCUUUCAAGAAAUGGGGACAGUGGCACCAAAUAGUACUUGGAAAACAUUGAGGUACCAAGAUCAGUUUGUGCAUUCUCCAGCAAGGAAAAGAUAUUAUCCAUACCCACCCGAGCAUUACUACAGUCCCCACACACCAGCUAUGAGGAGUCCCCUGGCGCCAAGUAAAACGCCUUUUACAGGUAAAACACCUUUCACAUCGACAACCGCGAGGCGCAAGAUGAUCUUCUGGACCGAGGCAGAGGAGGUGGCUCUGAGGGAGGCGGUGGCGAAGUUCGCCCCGAAGGGGGAGGCUGCGAAGGAGAAGAGGUCGAUCUCAUGGGUGCGCAUACACGAGUAUUGCAGGGAGUCGAUCCACCCCACCCGCUGCCCGGACGACCUGCGGAAGAAGUGGAACCGCAUGAAGAACAAGCUGGGUGGGUGUCCUGAAGACGGCAGCGUAGGAGGAGACGGCUGCUUCUGA